AUGGAGUAUCUCAUCCGCUUCAGUCAGUCACACGAGACCUUCCGGCUCCCAGAGACCAAGGCAAUCGCAGAAGUAGGUGGCAUUGACAUGAAAGUCAUCUACUAUAAUCCAGAAUCACCAUAUUGUGUCGUGCGCCUGCCAUCGGAAGAAGCAGCGCACUUUCUCAUGAGCCGGUCAAUUUUGGCGCAGAGUAUCCAUGAACACUGGGGUACGGGGGAAAACUACGAGGUGCUGCACGAAGAGGUGAAGCGUAAGACCUCGCAUCUGUGGCCCAAGUACAAAAACUCCAGCUUCAAAUUCUCCUUGGACCUCUACCAAGGCACGCGGCCAAACAAGAGGAGGGUAGAACUCAUCAACUCCUUCUCGUACAUGCCGUUCGAAGGCGAAAUCAACCUGCGUACCCCCGACGAACAUUUUGUGAUCUUUGAGCAGUGGGACUUCCAGGCUGUCACGCGGAAUCUCCCAGAUCCGUUAAAGAUUCAUCUCGGUCGAGUUGUUGGUGCCUCACAGAGGAAGUUGAUCCACACUUUCGACUUGAAGAAAAGGGAUUACAUCUCGACUACCUCCAUGGAUUCCGAGCUGGCUCUUGUCACGGCAAACAUUGCACUUGCAGGUCCGGGAAAGCUGUUCUACGAUCCUUUCGUGGGCACUGGCAGCUUUCCCAUUGCCUGCGCUCAUUUCGGAGCUCUGGCCUGGGGUAGCGACAUUGACGGGCGUAGCAUUCGUGGCGACGGUGCCAAGAAGAGCCUGAAGGGCAACUUCCAGCAGUAUGGGCUGUCGCAUUUGAUGGGGGAGGUGUUCGUGAGCGACCUGACCAAUUCCCCGUUCCGGAAAAAGAGGAUCCUCGACGGCAUCGUAUGCGAUCCGCCCUAUGGAGUGCGUGAGGGACUCAAGGUGCUGGGCGUGAGGGACGUCGAGAAGUAUGACUACGUGAUCGAGAAAGGGAAGGUCAUGUACAAGGACGAGGACUUUGUGCCGCCCAAGAAACCGUACAGUUUCGUGGUCAUGCUUGACGAUAUCCUUCAGUUUGCAACUGACCGCUUAGUCGACAACGGACGUUUGUCAUUCUGGAUGCCGACGGCCAACGACGCUGACCAGGAGAUUGGCGUCCCCACGCAUCCGUGCCUGGAGGUUGUCGUGGUCUGCGUGCAGGUAUUCGACAAGUGGUCGCGGAGAUUAAUCACCUACCGCCGGCGGCCGGACUCUGAAGUCGACGCCGCCGCGCUCGAGCAAUGGCAGCAGCGUACCGAAACGAAUGGUGGCGUCACAGCAGACGAGCUCAACCCAUUCCGCCGUCAUUACUUCAAUGCUUUCCGUACCCAGGCUGCGGUCGAUGGUGCGACCCUCGAAGCGGUACCAAAUUGA